AUGCCCAGCCACCCUCAGGGUGUCCAGAUCUACCGCCGACAGAAGGCCAAGUCGGUCAGCAGGGGGCGUGGCGCAGCGUCACCCGACUUUAUCAACGAGACCCCCGUCCUCGAGCUCGUGACUCCGCUUGAGGAGCUUUGCAAGGGCUGGGACGGAGACGAGCUCGAGGCGGGGCGCCGUCUCAUCAGCGUCCACCGCGUCCUCCAGGGUCACAAGCUUAUCGUCACCUGCACGCCGCUUAGGCAAGAGGAGUAUCACCCCUCCGACGAAUGCGUUAUCUCCUGCAUCUAUCACGAGCAGACGAGGGCCUGCUUCGUCACCUCCGUCGACAUCAUCUACCUGCUCGAGCGCCUCACUCAGCAGGACUUCCCUGUCGAGGAGAAGAACCGCAUCCGCCGCAAUCUUGAGGGCCUCCGACCGACGACGGUCUCCAAGCACCGGCCCGGCUACGAGGGCUUCUUCCAGCGCAUCAUGGACUUCCCAGACCCGAAGCCGCGCAAUAUCGAGAAGGACCUCAAGGUCUUCGAGUUUACGCUCCUCGGUCAGGCGCUCGAGAAGAUCCUCGCGAAGUACGAGUGUCGC